UGGCCCUGGCCGGUCCAGGGCCUUCUUUGGGACCUUGCGCGGGGCCUCGCAGGCAGUGAAAUCCGCAGCAGUGCGGCUCCCGGGCGGGCGGAGUGGUGCCCAUCCCGGUGGGAGGGUUCAGGGACCAGCGUAAGAAGCCACCGGAUGGGGACCAACGGCCGGUAGCUGCUGACACGGGGCUCGUGGCGUCCGGCCCCUUCCUCUGGAGGAGGGUGGGGCCGGGAGACCCUGCCGGUUGCUGCUUCCACCUCCCGAGCCCCUGGCAGAGUUUCGGGCGCCCGCCCAGGGGGCCAUGAGGCGGAGGCUGCGCCUACGCGGGGACGCGUUGCUCACUCUGCUCCUCAGCGCCGCCCUCGGCCUCCUGCUCUACGCGCAGCGAGAAGGCUCAGCCACCACCACAGGCGCGCCGCCCGCGCCCCGGAGGGCGGCUCCCCGGCCCACCCCCGGGCUCCGCGAGUUUCAGGCACCGGACUCGGACGCAGCCCCGCCAGUCUACGAAGGGGACACGCCGGAACCGCCCACGCCCACGGGACCCUUUGACUUCGGCCACUACCUGCGCGCCAAGGACCAGCGCCACUUCCCGCUUCUCAUUAACCAGCCCUCCAAGUGCCGCGGCGGCAGCCCUCGCGGGGGCCGGCCCGAGCUGCUCAUCGCCGUCAAGUCCGUGGCGGCUGACUUCGAGCGGCGGCAAGCGGUGCGCCAGACGUGGGGAGCGGAGGGGCGCGUGCAGACGGCGCUUGUGCGCCGCGUGUUCUUGCUGGGCUUGCCCAGGGGCGCGGGUGCAGACCGCGCGGAGCAGGAAGGAGCCCGCACGCAGACGCACUGGCUCUCCUUGCUGCACGCCGAGAGCAGAGUGUAUGCGGAUAUCCUGCUCUGGGCCUUCGACGACACUUUCUUCAAUCUAACGCUCAAAGAGGUCCACUUUCUGGCCUGGGCCUCGGCCUAUUGCCCCAACGUGAGCUUUGUUUUUAAGGGUGAUGCCGAUGUGUUUGUACACGUGGGAAACCUCCUGGAGUUCCUGGCGCAGAGGGACCCUGCGCAAGACCUGCUCGCAGGUGAUGUGAUCCUGCAGGCGCGGCCAAUCCGCGCUCGAGCCAGCAAGUACUACAUCCCCCAGGCCGUGUAUGGCCUCCCGGCCUACCCAGCCUACGCCGGCGGUGGCGGGUUCGUGCUCUCUGGCACCACGUUGCGGCGACUGGCCAACGCCUGCGCUCAGGUUGAGCUCUUCCCCAUAGACGACGUCUUUCUGGGCAUGUGCUUGCAGCGUCUGCGGCUCGCGCCUGAGCCUCACCCCGCUUUCCGUACCUUUGGCAUCCCCCCGCCUUCAGCUGCCCCGCACCUCCGCACCUUUGACCCCUGCUUUUACCGUGAGCUAGUUGUGGUGCACGGGCUCUCGGCCGCCGACAUCUGGCUCAUGUGGCACCUGUUGAACGGGAGGCACAGGCCCACCUGUGCCCACCCAAGACCUGUGGCAGCUGACGCCUUCCAGUGGGGCCCCUGAUCACCGCCCGUUCAGACCCAGGAUGCAGCCAGUGUUGGAAGUGAUUUUGCAGGCACAUUUAUUUCACUUCCUUCCCCAGAAAGGGGCAAAGGGCUGCCCACAGCGUCCCAGGGCAUGAGGCUGAGUUGGCUCACACAAGUGGGAGCAGGUCUGAAUACUCUUACUGGCAAUUCUUCAAGAGAGGUGUGUGUGUGUGGGGGGGGGCAUUGGCUCCACCAAGCAGCCUGUCCGGUGGAGGGGUUGCUGGUGGCAGGGGCUGACGCAGUCUGGCCGUACUCCUUGAACCCUAGAAUGAUGUGGACACUUUGCAGGCCUUUCCCAAGGUUGAACCCCUGGGGGUGGGGGGUGCAGGCAGACAUUUUGCCAGAACUCAGUCUGAAGCAACAAGGUACUUCCCAAUUGCCCCUCCAAAUUGGGAUUUUCAGCCCUGUCCAGGUUCUUGGGUCUGAAAUCUGCUUUCUAGGAGCCAGCCCUCCUGGGCUCUGGUCUAGCUACAGCACCAGGCAGGGAGGUACAAAGGGGACAAAUGAGCGCAUGGUCCUUCCCAAAGUCUUUCCCCACCUCCAACUCCCACCACGCACAAACCUACACCAAACACGGGAUGCCAGUCCCCCACUGUAAGGCUGUAGGAAUCCCCCUUCAGAAGGGUCACGGGGCCU